GAGUCUCUAUGACCUAUUAAAAAAUAUGGAUGGCAGCACCGCAGCAGCCAGCAAGAGUGAAAAGCCAAACUCGAAUUAAACGGAAUUAGCUGCAGCGGAGCCACCAUCAACAUUCACCCAAACUCCAUUUUUCUCUCAAACCCUACCUCUUUAACGUCCACAUUUAUUCAAACCAUAGAAUACAAGAAUGAAGAGAGAAUCAAUUUGAUUAUACCUGCGCUUAGGAGUUGCAAUGAAGAAAUCAAAGAGGUCAAUUACGAUACUAGACUGGCUCAAGUAAAAAAUUGCUGUUUAUAACGUAGCAGAGGCGGAGAGACUGCACCAAACGCAGCGAGAGAUGGCGGCGCUUCAGCCGUUGAUUCGCAUUGCCGCUGCUUCGUCGAAACUGGACUCAAUUCCAUUUCUUUUCUUUAACCUCCGAUCCUUUUGUUACUCCUCCGCCGGUGCAGUGGAAGCCAUUGGCGCGGCACAUAUCCGAAAGUGCUUCAGAAUUCAGUAUCAAGGAUACUGUACUUGCACCGACAUGUCAACUGCUUCUCAAAUCACUUAUUAUGUCCGCCUGGGUGAUAUUGAAAUGGCACGAAAAUUGUUUGAUCGAACUCCACAAAAAACUAUUGCUUCAUGGAACUCUAUAAUAUCUGGCUACUUUCAGUACUGCAAGCCGAAUGAAGCACAAUGCUUGUUUGAUGAAAUGCCAGAAAGGAAUACAGUUUCUUGGAAUGGAUUAAUUUCUGGGUACAUAAAGAAUAGGAUGGUAAAGAAAGCGAGAGAAGUAUUUGAUCUAAUGCCUGAAAGAGAAAAGAAUGUCAUAUCCUGGACUGCCAUGGUUAGAGGGUAUGUUGAAGAGGGGAUGGUUCGGGAGGCAGAGGCAUUGUUUUGGCAGAUGCCAGAGAAGAACGUUAUAUCAUGGACAGUAAUGCUGAAUGGGCUGAUCCGUGAAGACAGAAUAGAUGAGGCUCAAAGACUCUAUGAUCUGAUGCCUGUGAAGGAUGUUGUCGCCAGAACUACUAUGAUAGGAGGGCUAUGCUCGAAAGGUCAGUUGGAUGAGGCACGGGAGAUUUUUGAUUGCAUGAAGCAGAGAAAUGUAGUUUCGUGGACAACGAUGAUCUCAGGUUAUGUACAGAAUGGGAAGGCAGAUAUUGCUAGGAAACUCUUUGAGGUCAUGCCUGAAAAAAAUGAAGUCACUUGGACGGCAAUGCUUAUGGGCUACAUUCACUGUGCGAGGACUGAGGAUGCGUGGGAGCUUUUCAAGGCUAUGCCAGUCAAAUCAGUAGUCGCUUGCAAUGCAAUGAUUAUUGGGUUGGGCGAGAAUGGAGAAGUUUCCAGAGCAAGGAAAGUUUUUGACCUGAUGAGAGAAAAGGACAAUGGAACCUGGGAGGCUAUGAUUAAGAUUUAUGAGCGGAACGGGUUUGAAUUAGAGGCACUUGGUCUGUUUCGUGUGAUGCAGAGUGAGAGAGUUAAACCACAUUUCCCAUCAUUAAUCAGUGUUCUUUCGAUUUGUGCCAGUCUUGCCACUCUGGAUCACGGUAAACAGAUUCAUGCCCAAGUAUUGAGGUCUAAAUUUGAUGAUGAUGUAUAUUUGUCAUCUACUUUGAUGACUAUGUAUAUGAAAUGUGGUGAUGUUUUCAGGGCGAAAGUAGUAUUUGAUAGAUCUCGGUGCAAGGAUAUAGUGAUGUGGAACUCUCUUAUUAGUGGUUAUGCUCAACAUGGCUUGGGGGAUGAGGCUCUGCAAGUGUUUAGAGAAAUGGAUUUAUCAGGUAUUCAAGCAGAUAAUAUUACAUUCAUUGGAGUUCUAUCCGGUUGCAGUUACAGUGGAAAAGUGAAGGAAGGGAAGGAAAUAUUUGAGUCCAUGAAGCCAAAGUAUAUGAUUGAACCAACCACUGCGCACUAUGCUUGCAUGGUUGAUAUGCUUGGGCGAGCCGGCCAACUGAAUGAGGCGUAUAAUUUGAUAAAUGAAAUGCUUGUAGAGGCGGAUGCAAUUGUUUGGGGUUCUCUGAUGGGUGCAUGUAGGAACCACAUGAAUUCUGAUCUUGCAGAAGUUGCUGCGAAGAAACUUGCGCAACUUGAGCCCCAAAAUGCUGGUCCUUUUGUCCUAUUAUCAAAUAUUUAUGCGUCCAAAGGUAGAUGGGACGAUGUUGCUAAGUUGAGGAAGAAAAUGAAGUGUAGGAAGGUGAGCAAAUCACCUGGUUGUAGUUGGAUUGAGGUGGAGAAAGAAGUGCAUAUGUUCACUGGUGGAGAGAGCACACCUCACCCUGAACAUGCUCUGAUUAUUAAAAUGUGGGAGAAUCUAAGUGGAAUGUUAAGAGAAUCUGGAUAUAGCCCUGAUGGAGCCUUUGCCCUCCAUGAUGUGGAAGAGGAAGAAAAGGAAUUAAACUUAAGACAUCACAGUGAAAAGUUGGCUGUGGCGUUUGGACUUAUGAAGUUGCCUGACGAGAUACCUAUUCGAGUUAUGAAAAACCUGAGAGUUUGUGGGGAUUGCCAUACGGCUAUUAAGUUAAUCUCGAAGAUCACUGGACGUGAGAUUAUCCUGAGGGAUGCAAAUCGAUUUCAUCAUUUCAAAGAUGGACUUUGUUCCUGCAAAGAUUAUUGGUGAUUGAUUUUUCUUUUCAGUCUUAUCCUUUGCACAGCAUGGUAAAGAGAAAAAUUCAAAGGACAGUGCGCAUCUGGAACACCUUGGAUUUCUAGGUGUUGCCGAUGAUGCUUUAUUCAUAGAAGUUGACAUCUAGUGCUGCAUACGGGGUUAUGGCAAGUCAAGCUAUGAGAUGCUUGGUUGGUAUUUUGAAGUCCAUGGGUGACUGGAUGAACAAACAAUUGUGGAUUCCUGACACUCACUCUCUAAAUAAACUUGAAGUUGUGGAUAACAGUUCUGAUCCUGGAAGUGCUCCUCUGGCAAACGCAAACGGCAAUGUAGAUGAAUCAUCCGAAGCAUCAGAUAGUCACUCUGAAGCAAGUGAAGUUUCUGAUGUCUUAACAAUUGAGCAGUGUCGUGCAUAUAUAUAAACUUGAACUUCAGGUCCAAUUCCAGAAAUAAGUUUGUUUACUGCAGUAACAAGUUGUGACUUCCAAGUAUAACAGUGAUCUCCUAAAUUAAUUAUAUUGCAGGAGGGCAUCUCUCUAUUUAAUCGUAGUCCCAAGAAAGGUAUUCAGUUCCUGAUAAAUGCUAAUAAGGUGGGGGACUCUCCAGAAGAGAUAUAUAGCAGCGUUCCUUAAGAAUGCUCCUGGCUUAAAUAAAAAUCUGAUAUUUGGGUGAAAGGGAAGAUUUAUCACUGAAAGUGAUGCAUGCAUAUGUUGAUUCCUUUGAUUUUCAAGAUGUGGAGUUUGACGAGGCAGUAAGACUCUUCCUACAAGGCUUUAGACUUCCAAGUGAAGCGCAGAAGAUCGACCGUAUUAUGGAAAAGUUCGCUGAACGGUACUGCAAAUGUAAUCCAAAAGCCUUAAUUUAUAAGUGCCGACACAGCUUAUGUGCUUGCCUACUCUGUUAUAAUGCUCAGAUGCACAUAACCCUAUGGUUAAGAUUAAGAUGUCAGCUGAGGAUUUCAUAAGGAACAAUCAUGGAAUUAAUAGAUGAUGGGGACUGGUGAUAACCUUAUGAAAAACAUGCAGGAGCAAUUCAAAGAGAAGGCUAGCAAAUCCGAGUAAGACUUGAUGUGCAGGUGCAGCUGACGACUAGAGGAUGCUCUAUCACUAUUUCCUUGCUUCUCAUUGGCCCAUCAUCUUUACUUGAGACAUAGCCUUUAUAAAUCUCAUCCCAUUUUAUACUCACAUGACACAUAAUUAAGUUACUCCUGCACAUAGUUCAGCAAAUGAUGGUUAGGAUUUGAUAAAUUCAAUAAUACCAGAAUAACAAGAUUUAAAAUAUUUCAA